AUGCCACCAAAUAGCGGCGAAACCACCGGAGUGCUCUACGAGUCGGAUGCGGAGACCCAGGAUGGCGGUUUGGAAAAGGACCUGGCCCAGCUGAAGACCACGGAUGGCCGGAAGUUGCAACUUGUGUGGCGCAACAUUAUACUGUUCAUCAUCCUCCAUGUCUCCUCACUCUACGGUGUGUGGUUGCUCUUCACGGAGGCCAAAUGGGCCACGGUGGUGGCCUUCCCGAUGGGCCUAGCUUUAACGACUUUCGGAAUAUCCGGAGGAGCACAUCGACUGUGGUCGCACAGGACUUUCAAGGCCAAUCUGCCGCUGAAGCUCUUCUACCUAGUUACGAAUACAUUUGCGUUUCAGGACGCGGUGUAUAUCUGGGCCCGGGAUCACCGAAUGCAUCACAAGUAUAUGGAUACGGAUGCGGAUCCGUACAACUCCCGGCGAGGAUGGUUCUUCUCCCACAUAGGCUGGCUGUGCUGCAAGAAGCACCCGGAAGUGACGGCCAAGGGCAAGCAGAUCGAUCUCUCCGACCUGGAGAGGGAUCCACUGGUCAUGUUCCAGAAAAAGUACUACAUGAUACUGAUGCCACUGAUAGCCUUCAUCCUGCCCACCGUCCUGCCCAUGUACUUGUGGGGUGAGUCGCUGAAUUGCUCCUGGCACAUACUCGCCCUGCUGCGGUGGUGCACCUCCCUGAACCUGAUCUGGCUGGUGAACAGCUCCGCCCACGUGUUCGGCAUGCGGCCCUACGACAAGUCGAUUAGUCCCACGAACGAGAAGCUCCUGAUCUGGAUAAGGUUCGGCGAGGGCUACCACAACUACCACCAUGUCUUCCCGUGGGACUACAAGUGCUCCGAACUGGGUCCCUAUUCGCGGGACGUUAAUACCUGGUUCAUUAACUGCUGCGCCAGGAUAGGAUGGGCCUAUGACUUGAAGAGUGUGUCUCCGGAAUUGGUGAAGAAGCGAGUCACCCGAACAGGCGAUGGUUCGCAUCCCGUGUGGGGAUGGGGAGACAAGGAUCAGCCCAGCGAGGAUAUCCGAGAGACUACCAUUACUCACAAGAGAAAGACAGUCCAAGAUAUUAAAAAAUAAAGAGAAUGUUGAUUUUUUACUUGAAAUUGCUUGGAAACCCACGUAGCUCAAGUUUCCCUUUUGUUGAGAAUUCUUUUCUUUAUUUUUUUAAGUUAUUUUUUCCUUAAUAAACUAUUCUUUUUUUUUGUUUCUAUUUAAUUUAUUGAAAACAAAAGCCACUGCCAGCCACUGAUGGGAGGGGAGUGUGCUGUGAAUGUCAAUGGCUCGAAUCCCAACCAC